AACCGUACUGUGUUGUUUUCCUUUUAUUCAGAUGCUCCAGUCUGCAAAAGUGAGGAUGUUACCGUGGUAGGGGCUUCGCUGGACGAAGUGCUGAGAGUCAGAUGUCACGUGACUGCUGAUCCGAGUGAUGUCAGUUUCGUUUGGCAAUUCAACAACAGUGGAGAGAGUUUUGAGGUCGAGAAGUCCCGCUUCGGCACGGGGAAUGGUAGCACUAGUGACCUCAAAUAUACACCGAAGUCAGAAAGAGAUUACGGGACCCUGGCAUGUUGGGGGCGUAACGCCAUUGGUCGGCAGGCUGAACCAUGCGUCUUUCAGUUAGUUCCUGCAGCCAAGCCCGGCGCGCUGCGAAACUGUACGUUGCGGGCAGCGACGAACCAAAGUACCGAUGCCCUGGAGGUUGAGUGCGUGGCGGGGUACGACGGUGGUUUGCCACAACGCUUCGUACUAGAGGCUUACGAAUCUCGCACGAUGGAGUUGCGUCUCAACAUGAGUUCCGACUCGCCUCUCUUCCGACUUGACCUCAACGAUCUGCUUCCAGCUCACACCCCCACUCUACACAUCCGACUCUACGCCUCGAACCCCAAGGGACGCAGCGAGGUCGCUGUACUGGAAGACAUCACUCUCAAAGACGCCGAGAAAAGAACUGUAGAAUCCGUGUCUGGAGAUGGCGGUGGUUUGAGCGUUGUGCCACUAGCGGCGCUGUUAACUGGUGCGGUUCUCACUCUGGGGAUCGCAGUCCUAUUGGUCGCUGUACUGGCGGUAAGAAGACAUAGAGACCCUCACAACCAUCACCAUCGUCACGGUGCGCCCCACCAGAUGGAACUGGAAGGAGCGAAGCAACAGAAAGUGCCCCCCUCCGGCGGCCUACAGUCAGCAUCCAGACACAACUCACUGUUGGAGAUAAACCACGGCGAGCAUCGGUAUGUUGUAUCUUACACACUCAAGUCAGCAGCUGAAUGCGGUCAGCAGCAGACUUCGGAAAGACAGCCGGAUAUCCUCAACACUCCGCGAGCAACGGAUACUGUGAUAGCGGAAGCUCCUCUCCAAAGGCCUGAAGUGUUGUUUCCAGUAAAAAGAGAUGCUCUGAUGGAUUCUAGUAGACGCCUGUCUGGUGUACCAGCUACCUUUCAGAUGUCUCCUGCACUGACGUCUCCAGAAUACGUAUCAAGUGCACCAACAUCCCCGCCCCCACUGCCACCUACAAGAAGUAAACUUGACAAGAUUUCACCGUCUCCUAGUGCAACCAACGUAUACACUUCAAAUGGCAUAGCAAGGAAGGACCAUAUCAUAUCAAAUUCAAUUCCAGGCCCCGAAAGUUGUGUAUGAAGAAUAUUUUAAUGUGGGAAAUUUUAUUUUUUAACGCAUUAACAAUGCUGUAAGCAAAAAACUGCAAAAAACUACAUCUGAAAUGGAAACACGGUAUAAAGAAUGGUGGACAGUACAUACGACGUACGACAGCAUUUAAAUAAAAGGGCCUACUUUAAAUGUGUAUGAUAUUGAAAUUUUAUAUUGCAAAUAAAAAUAACCCGAAUUUAUAAAGCGUUCCCCGGACAAUCGAAUUUAAAUAAGAUUAGGGGGCCAAAUGUUGUGUAUGACCAUGAUGAAGUAACGUUUUUAGAUAAUAAUGUUAAAUUCUGAAAGGAAACGUUGACGUGAUGAUGAACUGGUUACCAUGCUAUGAACAUUAAUGUGACCUAUGUGUGUCAAUUAUGAGACUGUUUUGUGUAACUAAAAACUACUACAGUGACGCUAUCUGUGGGCAAAUAUACGAAGCUUAUUGGUAAAAGAUGAUGUUUAUUAAUGAACGCGCGCCCACAUUCAAUGUAUGCUGUGUAAAAAUUAAGGAAAUAAACUCAUAAUAAAAACGA